AGAUAUCAUCAUUGGUCUGGAAUUUUUCAAGCGAUUCCCCACUACGAUUUAUUGUGCCGGACUCAGCGUGACACUCUACGAACCGGAACGGCAAACGGAACAGUGUAUCAUGGUCAGCGAGGCUAACCCUACCCAGAAAGAGACAACGACGGUAUUAGCCAAAAAGUAAUUUAAGAAAGAAAAUAUAUAAAUAUAAUAACAAAUACGUGUUUAAGAUAAGUUCUGAAAUUGUUAUCUACAUCUCACAACACACUGCGAUUAUGGACGGAAAUAGUCCAAAGACAAAAAAAUUUAAGGAAGCGAUGAAAAAAGUCCGUACCCACUUUGAGAGGGCAGAGUCACAGCGACGUCGAACCAUUUUUAUUGAUGACGAUGAUAUUCCGAGUACCAGCCGCAAUGCACCGAGACGAUGUACAAAACAACGGGAUCGCCCUCCAUCCCUAAGAGGCGAAGAUCAUAUAUUCUUUAGAAUGGAAGAAACAGCCAAUAAUAUCGCAGACGUACGCCCGACAUUCCCAGAUACACAUGGCAAAAAUAAUGAAAAGCGCACAGAAAGGCAAGGUUCACCACGUCCGAAUGAUGCCACCGUACAUCCUGAGGUACCACGAACACCAAUAUACAUAUCAUGCAGUGAGUCAACUCAAGAUAGUACCGAUAUGUCCGAUAUAAACACACCCACUACUUCCAUAUAUUCCGAGUUGCCGAUCACGCCGGGAAAGAAUUUUGCCAAUUACUUCGACGAACAAUCCACGCUUCCACGACCACCGAUGGAGACGAGCGGCGAAUCAUCUGUUUCAGACAUAGAUGAAGAUGAGUGGCGUAACUUCUAUGGGUAUGAGGAUAAGAAUAUUGAGAAGAAGUCGCCGAUAGCACCUCCUAGUCCAUCAUCCACCGAGUCCGAUGAAGAAAACUACAAAUGCCCAAGUCCAAAGCCUAGGAAAGGUUUGGGUUUCAUCGAGCAGAAAGAUCGUGAGUAUCGCUAUUUGGGGUUCAGAUGCUACGAACGAACUGUCACUGUAGAAUUGCUGGUUCCGGAUCAGGAUAAAACACCGAUACUAGCCAUCAACGGAGAAGAAAUUAGUAAGGCCUUAUCCGCAGAACCAAGUAUAUAUGAUCAAAUGCCCGAUUUGGAGCCCAUAAUUGACAGUUCAGAAACCAUAGCUGCCACCCAAGUAACAAGCGACACUGACGAGGAAGCUUCAAGAUCGUCAGUAAACAGUUUCGUAACCGUUUCCGAAACCCCAAACCUGGAAUGGUGGACGCAGUGGCACGCAUUAGUUGGAGUAAAGACUCCAUCACCUAUUCGAAUUUCGAUUGAACCAGAAAUGGCGACAGAACGGAAUGUGAAUGUAACUGAAAGGCCGGUAGCCGAGAAUCCGAGAACGCCAUUUACAAACACGAAGGGUGAUGGAAUAGUGGGACAAGGUUUUUCGCAAACGUCAUACUCAUUGGCGAGUUCAUCUUCGUCACCCUCAAAAUCAUCAUCAUCAUCAACUUCAUCAUAUAUACCAUGCCAACUACCAUUCAUAAUUUCCAGUAACACAUUUACCAACCCGAGAGAACCAUCAUCCCCCACAAAAAUAUCAAAAGUCCCCUUAUGCGCCAACGUAGCACCAACUAGCCACCACUCAAACUACCUAGAAGAAAUAUUCGUCCCGAAUGCGGAAGAGGGUAAAGAACGUCCAAGCCAAGGCACAACUUCCAUCACCGAAGGGAAGGAACAAAUUAGCAACAGUCAUGACACUUGGAGCCAAGUUCCCCCGGAUAACUAUCCUAGUGACUUGCGGGACAUUAUUGUCAAAUUCCUGAGUAGGUCCAAAAGGGGCAAACGGGCGAGAAAAUUAAUCCGACUACGGGAUCAACAAUACCGAAUUACCGUCACGGCCAAUGGUGCAGUGAUGGUCUUCCACAAAAAUCUCUACGGAGGCCUCCAAAAUUCACCCGAAUUCACGCUAGGUGAAAGGACGUAGAAAUUGAGGAGGCGAGAAUAUUAAAUUGAACAAUUCGCUGGGCUUCCGGCUGUUGAUAUGCAACAGGCUAGACGAAGCCACAUAAGAUGGAAAACAAAUCAGGGGAGAGAUGGAAGGCCUUGUGACGGGCCAAAAGUCGGAAACUCGUUUUUGGGCCACAAAAUUAAAUAAAAUAUUUGAAUUAUAAAUGUAUUAAUAUUUUAUUUGGAAUCAUGUUUUAUGUUAUGUGACACAAUAAUUGAAUUACUAGUUAUUUAAAGAAAAUAUAUGAAAUUUAUGGUAUUCGGUUUUGUUUUUGAAAUUAACGGUCAAACUGAUCCCCCUAGUGGUCAUAUAAUAGACUAACCCUGAACAACGACGAUGAGAUCCGUACGGCGUCAAAAUAUAAUCAGUCGACAUCGAGCCACUGAAACAGUAUAAAAGGAGGCGAAAUCGACACAAUCGGGACAGUCUUCUGUGGAUGGCUGUUGUGCUAAGUGGGGUUUUUAACGUUCCCUUGGCAGUAAAUUUAGUUAGUUUGUGUCGUCUAGAGAGUUAAGUGGGGUUUUUACGUUCCCUUGGCGCUAAGGUUUUUGUGUGUGUGUGUCUCGGCUGUUGAGUGGAGUGGGGUUUUAACGUUCCCUCCCUCUCCAGACAUAUGUUCGUGUGGGCUUUAGAGUUGAGUGGGGUUUUAACGUUCCCUCGGCUCUAAGGUUUGUGUGAGUGUCUCGGCUGUUGAGUGGAGCGGGGUUUUAACGUUCCCUCCUCUCUCAGACCGCAGUGAGAGCAGUCGGUAGGGUUGAGUGGGGUUUUAAACGCUCCCUCGACUCGUGCUGUCAUCGGGCUGCCGCUGUGCCUAGCUGCUGCCAACCUUCGUGUGCUGCCAUCGGGCUGCCGUUAUUCUUCGUGUGCUGUCAUCGGGCUACCGCUGUGCCUAACUGCUGCCAACCUUCGAGUGCUGUCAUCGGGCUGCCGCUGUGCCUAGCUGCUGCCAACCUUCGUGUGCGGCCAUCGGGCUGCCGUUAUUCUUCGUGUGCUGUCAUCGGGCUACCGCUGUGCCUAGCUGCUGCCAACCUUCGAGUGCUGUCAUCGGGCUGCCGCUGUGCUUUGCUGCCGUCAUUCUGCGUGCGUCGUCAUCGGGCUGCUGCCUUGCCUAGUUAUCGACGAUCUUCGUUUGCCGUCAUCGGACUGCCGCUACCGCAAAUAUUCGGGUGUCGUCCUCGCCGUGCUGCUACAGUGUGUUGUGUGUUAUCAAAACUACAAAUGUGUGAAAUGAAUAAUUUAGUGAAAUCAAUAAAUUUUAUAACGUUGAUAAAAAAAUAAACAGUCUUCCUCUCUUAUAUGUCCCACAACAUAAAUAAAUUCUUGUGACGACCCUGGCCCUCCGUUGAACUAUCCCAGCUUCAAAGUGAAAACAUGU